ACCCAAAGCAGAAGCAGUCAGGGUGAGAAAUGAACGGCCCCAAUGUGCGCCUCAUCCUGUUUCCUCUGCCCUUCGAAGGCCACAUCAACCCCAUGCUUCAUCUCGCCCAAAUCCUCCAUUCCAAAGGCUUCUCCAUCACAAUCAUACACAUACACCAUAUCAACCCUCCCCACCCUUCAGACUACCCCAACUUCACAUUCCGCUCCAUUCCCCACGCCCUCUCCCACAGCGAUAUCACUGCCAGAGGCGUGGUAGAGAUCAUAACUUUGAUGAACGACGGUCGGUGUGUUGAGCCCUUACGUAAGUGCGUGUCGGAGUUGGUAGCGGCAAGCAACAUCGGGUGCCUGAUCACGGAUGCUCAUUGGCACUUCACUCAGAGCGUGGCUGAUGAGUUUCAGAUACGGAGGGUGGUUCUGAGGACUGGGAAUAUCUCUGCAUUUUUGGCUAUGGUUGGCCUUCCUGAUCUUCGUCGCAAGGGCCUCUUGCCUUCUUCGGAAGAUCCGUUACCCGAUUUCCCACACCUCAGAGUGAAAGAUCUGCCGGCGGUGAAAGCCCAAUGUCCGCUUCUUAUUGAACAACUCUUAUCCUCCAUUUUGAUUCAAACCAAAGCCUCCUCAGCCCUCAUCUUCAACUCCUUCAAUGACCUCGAACACGAGCCCCUUCUCAGGUGCCGUCAACUCUUCUCCCCUAACCCAAUUUUCCCACUCGGACCUUUUCACAAACAGCUUCCACGCACACAAACUUCCCCUCCUCCACAACCCCCCCACUCCUCCCUCUCUUGGCUCAACACAAAGCCCCGCAAAUCAGUCCUGUACAUCAGCUUCGGCACCCUCGCCACCAUCGACCCACAUGAGUUCGUCGAGAUCGCUUGGGGCCUGGUGAACUCUAGUUACUGCUUCUUGUGGGUGGUCCGGCCGGGGAUGGUUAGUGGGUCCGAGUGGCUCGAGUCGCUGCCGGACGGGUUCGUGGAGAUGGUGGUGGGUGAACGGGGAUUGAUUGUGAAAUGGGCGCCGCAGAGGGAGGUACUAGCACAUCCCGCGAUUGGGGGGUUUUGGACGCACAACGGUUGGAAUUCGACGAUUGAGAGUAUAUGCGAAGGGGUUCCGAUGCUGUGUUAUCCUUGCUUGGGGGAUCAGAUGGCCAAUGCCAGAUAUGUUAGCGACGUGUGGGGAAUUGGAUUUCUGUUGGGCGAUAAACUGGAGAGAGGGGAGAUCGAGAAGGGGAUUAGGAAGUUAAUGACGGAGAGGGAAAAUGGUGGGAUUUUAACGAGGGCGAAGGAUUUGAAGGAAAAGGCCGAUUGCUGUAUCAAGGAAGGCGGCUCCACAUUCCAAUCAAUGCAGAAUUUAGUCGAUUUUAUCCUCACCACUUAGAGAUAGCAAUGAAUUUAGUCGAUUCUGAAUCGCUCCCCCCUGCAUGCAAGGGGUCUUUGACAACUCCAACAUCAAAUCCGACACGUAUUCCAC